AUGGCUACAGUAGCCCAUGCUUAUGUCCUGUCAAUGAAGCUGUGGACAGAGUCGCAAGUCGCGGCCUUUCAUCUACUGAAGACACUUCCGGCAGCAUUUGCAGCCAUCGGAAGCAUCCUCGGAUGCGGCAUAAUAAGUGCCCAAGCAGUUAUGGCCUUACUAUGCCACAGACUUGGGUACCAUGUACUGAUGCUCGCGCCAUCGAAUGCUGUUUUGCUGGCCCUAGAGAGCCAGCUGUCUGAUUUACACAGCACUGUUCCAGCCCUUCGAGUCCUUGAGGGUGAGCAGGCGACUGCUGAAGACGUUGAGUAG